AUGGCGCUCACUGCUCUGGAGGGCCGCCUCCAGGGCGAGCGCGUGGGCCACGCUGGCCGCGUGAAGCCCAGGAAAACGCCCGCCCGGCCGCUCUUCACCGCGGGUGUGCCGAAGGCAGCGUCGGCCUCGUUCGAGCGGUCCAGCGCCUACCACUGCCAUUUUAUGACAGAAGGGGGUCCAUUGGUCUCCACAGCCAGUUCUAGGCUGAUCCUGUGCAGGGCGCGCGCGGCGGCCGAAGCUCGCCAGCGUUCACGGGCGCCGCCGCGGCCAGCGCUGCCGCGCGAGCACUCCCGCCGAGAGGCAGGCGCCGUGCACGGGCCCCCGUCCAGGCCGCUAGAGGCCAGCGUUGCCAGCGCCAUGGAGAUGGAGAAGAUGGAGACUGGGCUGCCCCGCGCCUUCUCCCGCAGGGCGACCAGCGCUGCGGCUGUGGUGAUCAGACUGGCGAUCGUUGUGCACGACCGCGGUCAGGACGCCGGGGGCUCGGUCGCCCCGUGCAGCCGGCUGGCCGCCGACGACGCGGUGGCAGCGAUGCGGCCCUCCCCGACCGAGCGGGGGUCGCCCGACGGCCCGCAGGAGGCCCCCCGCGGCUGCGCCGCCUCUGCCCUCUGCGCCGCCCCGCCAGCGGCCCCGUCGCUGGCGCCCGUCGGGGAGGGAGGAGAUGUGGCUGAGGAGGACGGGGAGCAGGAUGCGAAUGACGAGGAGGACGAGGGGCUCGAGCCGCUCCGGUUCGGCCCGUCCGCGCACGUGCAGCGGCAGGGCGGUGCUGGCGGUCAUGGGCGGUGCUGCCGCGCGGUGAGGCCAGUGGCAGGCGGGGAGCACCCGAUCACCCGGACGCCGUGGUCGCCCAAAUUCGACCGUCACUUCCGGGCGCUGAACGCGGUCUACGCCAAGUUGAAGAGCUUCGGCCCUGGUGGGCGCUCCCGCAGCGGCAGCAGCCUCGGCAGCAGCACGCAGAGCUACGGCCUGGGCCUGCAGUCCGUGGGCUUCACGAACUGGGGCGCAAGGUCGGCGGUGGCAAUGAGGUUCCGCUCGCGGUCCUCGCUGUUGGCUCAGCAGGAGUUGGACCCCCAGAGCCUUGAGGAGGCGGUCCAGGGCUGGCUCGUCGGCAGCCGGUACAAGCUUCUACGCGACGUGAAAUUGUUGGACGAAGACUACAAGUCGCUGAUCCGCCAGAAUGCCUGCGUGGAUGAGUUUGCUGCGGGUGCGCCGUUCCCGCGCUGA